CCCGACAGGAAGGAUUGAAUUGAACUGAACUGGACUGGACUGGAAUGGAAAGGAAAGGAAACGAAACAAAACAAAACAGGGGUUGGGGGAUACGGGGAAGGUGGCUGGAGCCCCGCUCGCAGCGCCGGUUGUGGCAGCAGCGCUCGGCUUUGUUUGUGAGGGGUUGCACGACUCCCCCCGCGUUGACUCCUGGCCAUUUCGAACGGCCUCUGUAGUGGAAACUACAACCAAAGAAAUGAUGAGUGCUGCACUCGGCCUCUUAUCGCCCCUGUUCGCCGCAAAAUAGAUUUCACCCUGAAGCAUGAGUGAUGCAGAUAAAAUUCUUCAAGCUGUCUCAGAUGGAAAUGCCGUCGCUGAAAGUGAUGCAGACCAAAUGCCUGCCGCUGAGCUCGGAAUGGAGAUUGCAGAAAAAGAUUCAAGUGAACUCCAACAUCACGACAUCGGUAAUGAAAGACAUGUAGCCAAAAGCCCCGAAAACCAGUCGCAAAUUCAAAUCGAGAGUGGGCUAGAUGAAGUAAUGGAUGAAAUAGACCGUGAUCAAACUCAACCGAACAGUAGACAUGGUGAAGAUGAGAGUAGCACAGAUAAAGUCCAACCUGAAACUGAAAAUGCUGGAAACAAAAUAAAUGAUGCUGGGCACCAGGCCCUUCUUCAGGAGAACAGUGAUCUGCAAGGUAUAGAAGUCCAAUCUUGCAUUAACAGCUCGGAAAAAGAUGAAACCCAGAAUGAUACAGGGCACGUUGAAAAUGAGCCUACUGAUGGAGAUGAAGUUCGGUUGGAGUUAGAUCAAAUUAAAAAUCAGUCCACCAGUGGAGAGCAUGAUGAUGCUCCAAUUGAGGUAGAUCAAGUUGGAGGUCAGUUUACCAGCAGUGAACAAGAUCUGACUCGGAAUGAGUCAGACCAGAAUCAAACUAGUAAUGAUAAAAUAAAGAGUGGCACAAGACCAGCAAAACUUCCUAAUGAUGGUAGAACAGCAGCAGCUAAGACUGGCAUGGGCAAAAUCAAAUCAAAGCUAACUGGUGGAAGAACCGGAAGAACAGGUGUACUUGCUGGAAAGAGAAUUCCAGCUUGUAUUGGGAGAAAGAAAAAGCUUGCCAUAAAAAUUUCCAGAAAAAUGGGUAAAACCAGCAGUGACCUCUCACAUGCUAAGAGUGCCUCAGGCCAAGCUCAGACUAAGAGUAUACUUGCCAAGCCCAAAUCCCAAGCAAAGAAUGCUGAAAAAGGAAGUUUAAAUGUUGUGGAAGCAGAUAAAGUUCAGCCUCAACUGACUGAUGGGAAAGAACCUUUGACUGUUGGAAACAUUGCAAAUGACACAAAAGAACCUGAUAAUGAGGCGACAGACAUGUCAAAUAAAGACCAGUUGCAAGCUAACACAGAUGAAACAUGGUCACUUGAGAGUACAGAGUUGUCUGCCAGUGGAGAGCUCCCUGAAAGUGGUGGAUUUCUUCGUAGCAAAGAGGGCAAACCUGUGACUAUGUUUUGGUGUGAUAUUUGCAAGGUAGUUUGUACAUCUGCUCUGAAUCUCCAGAUGCAUUUCCUUGGUUUUAAACACAAAAAGAUUGAAGCAGCUUUAAAAUGGAAUGUUAACACUGUGGAAGAAGGUACUAAAGAUGAAUUUUCAUCCCCUACGGAGAUAAGAACUGUGGAAGAUCAUCUCAGUAAAAUGAAGAUAAACAAGGCAGUACUUGGACUUGACUAUGUAAUUGAAUAUCGUAAUGACCAAAAGACGAAUCCACAGUUUGUCUGUAAACUGUGCUACUGUAAAUCAGAACUCACCUGGUUUCUCCCCCAUCUCCUUGGAGCUAAACACAUGACAAAUUAUCUGGAAAAGCACCAUCCUGAUGCUCUUAAGCAUGAGGGAGAAAAGCUGAAGCCUUCUGAAUGGAAAGAAUUUGUCUUCAAAAAAGCACUUGAAAUUGAAAAAUUGGAUGGAAGAGGGAAGGUGACUGUUGUCUUAGAGAAAAGUGAUGCAAAGAGUAUUGAAAAAACUGCUGUAAAGAGAAUUGCAGAAACAUCUGCUGUGGAACCAGAAUGUAAAGUGCAGAAAUCUGAAGAGACUUCAACUGCUGAGAACACUAAUGAGCAGUCUCCGCCUACCCCAGACGAAGAAAUAAAGGAAAGUGAGAACUGGUCAGGGAUGUACCUUUAUCCAGAUGGUCUUCCUAUCAAUUUUCCAGUGGAUUCAAAGCCAUACCCUCGACCAGUACUGGCACGUCAAGAAGCCACGGCAGCACAAGGAGCAACUUCAGCAGUUGAUGACCUGUUAAGUUCUAUAGGAUCAAAAAUUUUGGAAGAUUACAUCACAAAUUUUGAUUUUGAGGAAACUAUAAUAGGGUUGGAUUUUGUGACUGAAUACCAUUAUAGAGGAAAGGAUGAACCCUUAUAUUACUGUGAACUGUGCACUUGCGAAUUGCCUCUUCAAUGUGUUCUGGCACAUAUCUUUGGACUUAAGCACAAGAUGCGUUAUGUAAAAAAGAGGCAUCCUGAGAUAUUGAAAUUGAAUGCAGGAAAAUAUAAAACGAUUGUCAAGAAGAAAGCAACAGAAAUUGAAAAGACAGAUGGAAGAGGAAGGGUUAGGGUUAUCCGCGAUUAUAAUGGACCUGCACUUAGUGAGAGGAUAGCUGCUGAGAAGGUGGCAGUUGAAGAAGAAGAAGAAAGUCAACUACUUGACAUGGAAUACAGUGGUUUUGACCAAGACCAGAGCACCAACAUGGAAACCUCCUACUCUCUUGAUAAUAGAAUAAAAAGGUCUUCUGCUACCACAAGUUCAAGAUCAUCCAGCAGACCAAGUUGUUCAAAAGUUGGUUCUCGGUCAGAUUUUAAAUACUCGCGCCGUGAUUCCUCAACAAGUCGAUAUGAUCAGUCCAGGAAACGAGAAAGCUAUAAAGAUACUAAACAUUCUGGAGAAGACUGGCGAGAUGAAUGGGAACGAUCGGUUAAGCGAACAAAGUAUUAUAAACAAGAUAAAGAAAGAUUGAAAGAAAAAAGUACAUAUUCUGAGAGAGAUAAAGACAGGAGACGGAAAAGUAGAUUGGAUUCUAAAGAUAACUACAAGAAGGGAGACCGGUCUAGGAGUAGUAAAGAUGAUCACCAUAAAGGAUCCAGCAUCAGUCAUCGGGUACCAGAAAAGCAUGGCCUAUCCAAACAAGAUAUCAUAAAGAAGGAGAUUUUGGCGUAUUUGGCCACUUUUAAAAUUAUUAAUGAUACUGAUGCUGGAUAUGUCAAGGAAGUCAUGUACAAACUUAGUAAUCGGUUGUUGCAGUUUGGGCAAAAAGCCAUGAAGAUUACGGGUUCUGCUGAGAAGUUAAUUGAAGAAACAAAAUCUUGUAUACCAGAUGGAAAUUUUGGACACGACUCUCGUAAGAACACAAAUUUGGGGAGUUAUCCAGGCUAUUCUGGCAGGGAUAAAAGUAUGAGCGAAUCUGCUGAAUAUUCAUCAUCUGGUUCUCUGACCAGAAGCUCCUCAUACCAUUCUGCAGUACGUAACACUGGUGCAUCGAUAUCAUCGAUACACAGCAACCUCCUGAGCCCAUCACUGCUAAGUUCUAUUCGCGGGAUGGAUGAAAGUACAGUUACUAAUACACUCACUAGGCUGGCGGCCAACAAUCCUGCAUUUGAAGGUAUAAGAAUUUCAACCUUGGUUACUGUGCUGAUGGAGGCUGGUGUGCUUAGUAAAAGACCAAAGUAAGAUGUACCAUAAUUCCAUGCCCUAUCCAGCUGGUCAUCGAAAGGAAAAUGUCUGAACACCUUUGGCAACAGCAAUGAAUCACUAAAAACAUCCUUUUAAAACCUUUUUUAAUAAGAUUUGAUUAGAAAAAAGGCUUGUUUUGUGCAUUCCAAUAUGUUAAAAUAUCAGUUAAGUAUAUCUGUACAAAAGCAUUAACCUUUCUAGAGUACUGUUGAUUUACAGCUUCAAUGUAGAUCUUUUCAUUCUGGUUGCACCGAAGUUUCAGCCUUCUAGGUUUCAAAGUUAGCACAUUUCAAUAAUUAAAAUAGUACUCGCACUGUUCUGAAAAUAAGUCUCAAUCACAAUAUUAGAAUCGUUAAUUAGAUUCUAUCAGUUAUUUAAAAACAAACUCAAACUAUUUUAUUUGUAGCAGGGAUUUGGAGACCUAGGUAAGUGAAGCAAAUCUUUUAAAUACAGACUGACCUCUUCGUACCCGUAAGUUUUUACAUUGGCAUCAAAAUGUCUCUAGGCCAGGUCCAAACCAUCUGUGAACAGAUACCUUUUGGAAGGUUUAUUUUAUUACUUCAAGAAUUUAUGAAUUUUACAAAGUAAAUAUUUCCAGCAAUAUACUUACCUGUACCCUCAAAUGUCUGUUAGAAAUUCUGCUUGAUCAAUUUGUCGAUCUUUAGUUAAAUAUAGUGAACAUAGAAAAUAAGAACAGUUAAUUAAUUGCCUAACAUGUAUAUAUUUGAAAAAGGUGGCUUCAAACAUGUUUUAAAGACUCACGAAGCUUAUUGGCGUGUAGAUGUGUGUUGAAGGAUUAGCAUUUCUACAUGCAAGUAUUUUCCAUCUGCCAGCAUUUUCCAUCUGCCAGCUCAUAUUACCGUCAUUUUGCUGAGUUAUUCAAGUCCCAUUAUCCUGAUUCAAAUUUUUUUAUUCCACUUUUUGUAACAAUAGCUGCUUCAAGGAAUGGUGUUACGCUUUUGUCAGUCAUUUGCCAAAAGUUUCUUUUCUCUCAGUUGAAUACCUUUGAGCAGCAGGGCAAUCAUUACAAUUACAGCAGAGACUUUCAUUACACAGAUCUUUUAUUUGUUCUGAUGUAAUCUUUCCUCUUCAGUGGUUUGAGUAAAAUAAAUAUUGUAUGCCUAUUA